GUCCAGCGAACUGUAAAAACAGAAAGCAUUGAUAUCUCUAUCACCAACCCUCAAGUCUCAACCCCAAAGCCUCACUCCAUCGAGGUCAACGCACAGUUCUCCGAUCUUCCCCCCCAAAAUGUCCACCAAAUUUCCCUCUCUAAACCCUAGGCAACUACUUCUGUUCUUCACCCUUCUCUCCGUAUUUCUAUAUCUUCCACCAAUCGUCAAUUCACGAACCAUACGAACAGUCGAUUCUUCUUCACACUUCUCCGACGAUUCAUCCGUCACUUAUCUAUGGCCGUUGCCGUCGGAAUUUACAUCCGGUAAUGAAACGCUGGUGGUGGAUCCUAGUCUAUCUCUCUCCCUCUUCGGCAAUGGCGGAAAUUCUGUUAUCGUCAGAGAGGCGUUUGAGAGAUACAGAACGAUUAUAUUUAAGCACGUUGGUAGCUCCAAGUUUGGAACGAGGGAUUUAGGUUAUGAUAUUGGUAAACUUUCUGUCAUUGUUCAUUCAGACGAUGAAGAGCUUCAACUUGGUGUUGAUGAGAGUUAUACUUUGUUGGUGGCGAAGAAUAAUGCUCUUUCUAUUACUGGAGAGGUUACCAUUGAGGCAAACACAGUUUAUGGUGCCUUGCGUGGAUUAGAGACAUUCAGCCAAUUAUGUGGUUUCGAUUAUGGAACUAAAAGUGUACAAAUAUACAAAGCUCCAUGGUUCAUCAAAGACAAACCCAGAUUUGCUUUUCGUGGUCUUUUACUUGAUACUUCAAGACACUAUUACCCAAUUGACAUAAUCAAGCAAAUAAUUGAAUCUAUGUCAUACGUUAAACUUAAUGUUCUACAUUGGCACAUCAUAGAUGAAGAGUCAUUUCCUUUAGAAGUACCUGCAUAUCCAAAGCUAUGGAAAGGUUCAUAUACAAAGUGGGAGCGAUAUACUGUUGAGGAUGCAUAUGAAAUAGUCAACUUUGCAAAAGUGAGAGGUAUUAAUGUAAUGGCGGAGAUUGAUGUUCCUGGUCAUGGAGAAUCAUGGGGUAUAGGAUAUCCUGAUCUUUGGCCUUCAACUUCCUGUAAAGAACCUUUAGAUGUUUCAAAGAACUUCACUUUUGAGGUGCUUUCUGGAAUUUUACAAGACAUGCGAGAGAUAUUUCCCUUUGAGCUCUUUCAUUUAGGAGGUGAUGAAGUCAAUACUGAUUGCUGGAACAAUACCCCACAUGUGAAGCAGUGGCUUCAGGAAAACAAUAUGACAACAAAGGAUGCAUAUCAGUACUUUGUGCUUCGAGCUCAAGAAAUAGCCAUAUCCAAAAACUGGACUCCAGUCAAUUGGGAAGAAACAUUCAACGCGUUUCCCGAAAAGCUUAAUCCACGAACCGUUGUGCACAACUGGUUGGGGGGUGGAGUGUGUCCAAAGGUGGUAGCACAAGGGUUGAGAUGCAUAUACAGCAAUCAAGGGUUUUGGUAUCUUGAUCAUCUGGAUGUCCAAUGGGAAGGUGUUUAUGAUGCUGAGCCACUUGAAGGGAUAACUGAUGCUGCUGAGCAGACACGUGUCCUUGGUGGAGAAGUUUGUAUGUGGAGUGAGACUGCGGACCCCUCAAAUGUUCAGCAGACAAUAUGGCCUCGUGCUGCAGCUGCUGCAGAGCGGUUGUGGACCUCAAAGGAAGCUGCACCAAGAAGCAACACCACGGGGGGGAUGACAUUGACCAGAUUGGAAUAUUUCAGGUGUCUGCUGACUAGGCGUGGGGUCCAGGCUAGCCCUGUAACAAACUUCUAUGCACGGAGCCCUCCCAUUGGUCCAGGCUCAUGCUAUGCCCACAGCCCCAGCUCUCCCCCAUUUCCAUCGUUUAGCUGA